AUGAAUCUUGGUGAUGGCAAGACUUUCUGGAAAGUGCAACGCAAGGAACAGUUCAUUUCUGCACAAAAACAUUUAUUUAUUGUGCAAGUUCAAAUCAUUCCAAUUUAUUGCGCAAAUGUGGUUUUAUUCGUGCCCGCUGAGAAGAAUAUCAGUCUGGAAUGUGCUUUAUCAAGGAUGCAAUCACCAAAUGUGAUGGGUGUUCUGUGUGCAGACGCGGCUGCGUUACCGCUUUGCUAUCGCGGCACUCUUCCUUCCUCAUCAGCUCCAGUUAUAUCACAAUUAUUAUCGAUAGCGUCUAAUUUAGACUCAGAUUCAUCUCGCACCAACGCACUCAUUAUCACUAUUCAAAGUAAGAAAUCAAAACUUAUCAUCACAAAAGAGGGAUCAAUCAGCGUUGCUGUUCAUAAAUCGAUGCAAUAA